AUGAACUGUGCAUGUCGAGUGAUAGCAGUUUGCCUGCUACUUGUGCAGGUAUCUGGUUUUCUCUUUAACUUCAACCAGGACCCUCCAACACCACCACAACCAUAUGAGGACAAGUUUUUAAAUUCAGGUUGUGAAGGUUAUUUAUGUCCUGAUACCUUAGAGUGUGUUAGUCAUGUAAAGGAGUGUCCCUGUCCCUUCCCUAAAUCGCAGUUGAAGUGCACAUUGCCCAAUAAUCAGUACAUUUGCAUUUCAAAGCCUGCUACUCAUGAUGAGAAGUUAAAUGCCAUAUAUGAUGAUCCUGCUAAAGGACCAAAGGCUAAGAAUAAGGGUAUCAGAGACUGCGGAUGGGUGCUAGAGGCCUACAAAGAUCAGGUAUAG